UAACUGACCAUCUAGUUUAGCCGUAAGGCUGCGGACUGUUGUGGAAGUGAGAGGCGGUGGAUGGAUGCUUCGGUCCGCUACGUCUGACAUAAUAUUUCAAUAAUAUAAACAGAAUGCGCCCUCUUCUACAGCCAUGACCCACGCCAUUCCGUGUUGAAGCGGAGGAGUGCUGAUUCGUGGCGCAGCGGUAACAAAUAACCCUGUGGCCAGGGUUAUCGUUCUAGUUUGAAGAUUAACGCUAGCUUGGGCUGUUUAAGUGGCUAUACAGCUAGCUCCUCCUCGGUGUCUACCCUCGCGUCCUCGGUCUCCUGCCCCAGGAAUGUUCUCCAAAAAGCCUCAUGGGGACGUUAAAAAAUCAACACAGAAAGUGUUGGACCCAAAGAAGGACGUGUUGACACGGCUGAAGCAUCUUCGAAUUGUCAUAGAAAAUGCUGAGCCCUCAGAGCUGAAGCAGUUUUUUGACUUAAACUACUCCCACAUCUACUAUGUCUUCUUUGAGAACUUUGUCACAAUUGAGGUCAGCCUCAAGCAAAAAGGCCACAAGUCUCAGAGGGAGGAGCUUGACUCAAUCCUAUUCAUCUUUGAGAAAAUCCUUCAGCUCCUGCCAGAGAGAAUCCAGAGCCGAUGGCAGUUCCACAGCAUUGGGUUGAUCCUCAAAAAGCUGUUACACACUGGGAAUUCUUUAAAGAUCCGUCGGGAAGGUGUGCGCCUCUUCCUGCUUUGGAUGCAGGCAUUACAGAGUAAUGAGCGUGAACAGCUGUGCAUGUUUGCCUGUUUGAUUCCUGGCUUCCCGGCACCACUCUAUCGAGGGACCCCACGUACGCUGGACACCCUGAUCAACCCAAUGCUGAGUUUAACAGAAACCCAAGUGACUCCAGAAGAGAUCACUCCACUGGUUCCUCCACAGUCAGGUGACAAGAACCAGGAAGAUCUUACUGCCUAUUUCCUAGAAGCACUACUGAAAUACAUGGUAAACCAGGCCAAGUCUCUUGAGUGGCGUUGUAAAGAGAACCAUGAACGUGGCUUCAGCUUCCUGUUUUGUCACUUCAGAAAGUUUUAUCUUCCUCACAUAUUUCCCAAUUUUGCCCUGGAAACUAGCCUCUACAACCCCAUACUGGAUGUACCUCCAAUGCGAACAAAGCCAUACUACAGCGUAGUGCGUAGGGAGCAGGACAGCGGGGAAACACUGUACUGCACCAAAGAAAGCUUCCUUCAGGCUCGAGUCAUUUUUAUCCGUUGGUUAGUUUCUUUUUGGCUGGAGCCACGACCCAAUACACAAACGAGCAUCCCAGGAACAGAGGGAGAAAAUGUCCCUAAGAACAUACAGCGGGCAGCAGCUGGGCUUGCAGCUCGCUCUGCAGGCAGCUCAGAUGACAGCAGUGGAGGAGGGAUUCGGUCUGACAGCCACCUAGAAGGGAACAUGGGGUCAUGUGGCCCAGGAGGAAGCAACAUGGGGCUAUCGAGUGGUCCAGGUGCUGGUGGUGAGCCUGAGCAGAGCCACUCCAACACAUCUACACUGACUGAGAGGGAACCUAGCUCCUCCUCACUUUGCUCCAUCGAUGAAGAGCAGCUGACAGACAUGGAGGUGGUCAGGAGAGUACUGACCAGCAGCAGAGCUAACGUCAACUUCAUCACUGAGAUCUUUAGACAGGCAUUUCUUCUUCCCAUGUGCGAAGCAGCAGCGAUGCGAAAGGUGGUUCGUGUUUACCAAGAGUGGAUUUCAAUGGAGGAUAAGCCAGUGUUUAUGAAGGAGCCAGAAGAAGGUCCUUAUCCUAUAGCCACAGCUGGUGCUCUGGAAUCAGGAAAUAAAGACGACGAGGGAAUGAACAAAGUGAUUGACAGUGAACUGCUAGAGUACAGUGUUCAUGCUGGAGUUCAGACUACACUACAGGUUUUCAUCACCCACUCAUCAAAUGUUUUCCUGUUGGAGCCAGCCAACGACAUUAAAAUCCUUUUAGAGGAACAUGUCGACAUGUGCAAGCGAGUCCUGAACAUCUAUCGCAGCCUUGUCAUGCAUGAGACCAUGGACCAGAAAACUUGGGAGCAGAUUUUGCUUAUUCUGUUGAGAGUAACAGAGUCAGUGAUGAAAAGACCUCCAUCCAUCAUGCCUCAGGGCAAGAAGAACAACACGCUGUCAGGAAGACUGGCUGGACCCAUCUUUCAGACUCUGAUCGUGGCCUGGAUCAAGGGAAACUUAAACGUCUAUAUUAGCAGAGAACUGUGGGAUGACCUCCUGUCCGUCCUCUCCUCUCUCACCUGCUGGGAGGAGCUGGUCACAGAGUGGUCUCUCACAAUGGAAACCCUCACCAAGGUGUUGGCAAGGAAUCUGUACAGUGUUGACUUGAACGAGCUGCCUCUGGACAAACUCAGUGAACAAAAACAGAAGAAACACAAAGGAAAAGGUAUCGGUUCCGAGGGCCAGCGGCAGGUUGUAGAUCGUUCUUUUUCUAAAGGUUGGAGCAGAGACCAGCCAGGCCAGGCUGCAGCCAUGAGGCAGCGGAGCGCCACCACAGCUGGCUCACCAGGCAUAGAAAAGGCCAGGAGCAUUGUUCGCCAGAAGACUGUAGCCCUGCGUAGCUGCUCUACAGGAGACUCUCUGCUGUCCUCAGCCUUUAUCCGCAGUGCUAAGAGUGCUCCUGCUCUGGCUCCACCUCUUCCUGUCCUUCACCACCACCACCACCCUUUACUACCCCCCCUUGCCGACCAGCUUGCAGAUCUUGAGGACCCACCCAUCACACUGACAUCCCGCACUUCUCGAACACGGCAUUCCUCCCAGAGCGAUGAUGCCCCUUCCACCUCCUGUUCAGAGGUGUUUCAGGGCGGGGUUUGUGACCUGGAUACCCCAGCUCCAUCCUCCCUUGCAAGAAGCAGCAGUGCCUCUGACAUCAUGGAACCUUUCAUCGCUGAGCGGGUCAAAGGUGAAGACCCACAGAGGGAUCCUUCUUUGAUCCCAAACCUCCCCCAUGAACAUUCCACUUCUUCUUCCUUACUUGCAGUAAACAGCCACGCAGCUCAGCCACACCCACGCCCCCUCACCUCUUCCUCACCCACCUUUUUCACCUUGUCCAAUGGUGUUGUUUCCUCCACAUCAGAGGGAAAAGAUGAUGGUAGUGCUUAUGACCAGUUCUGGGACCCCAUCAGCUCUCAAAGCAGAGAUUGUAACUCUGAUUGGCUCAGCAGUUGGGAUUCUGCUUUUGCCUUUUCCUCUGAAAAGGAUAUGGACACUGAAGAGAGUGAAAUGGGUGCUGGGGCUGAGGAGGAUGACUUAUUCUCCUCUAUUAGGGAAUACCUGACUCAAAAAGGAGAUGAGAGGAAGGAAGAGACUGGACAGAGGGAGACCCCUGGUUAUACAGUAGAUAGUGUUAGGUCAUUUACACCAGUUGAAACUGGGGUGGCUAGAGCCCAAAUAGAUCACACAGGACAGUUGCAAGAGGCAAGACGAGUUUUAAGAGAGGACAGACAGGUAAGUAAAUCAGUGAGACAUAGCAGUGUGGAUUCAACAGAGGAGAAUGAGGCAGAACAGCCAAGUAUAUAUGAAUGUCUGGAGUUGCAGUGUCAGUGGCCAUCACGGUGGUCACCCAGUGCAAGGGACAGCACAAGCUUUGAAAGAAACAUGGGAGAGAAAAAGGGGGAAGGCAAUUCAGGGAGAGCAGCAGGAGGUGAGGAGAAAUGUAUGUGGAGGGAAAUGGCAGACGAAAAACAGGACAAUGAAGCAGCAAAUGAGAGAGCCAGUAUAAUUAGACAAGAUUCUAAUGCAGUCGAAUCUAGCAUUGAACUUAAUCAAGCUCCACAAGCUUUAGAUACAGCUAAACCUAAAGCACCUCAAAGUAACGCAAAGAGGCACCAUUCUGGGGGGGUGCAUGUUAGCUUCCGUCCCUCCACUGAGUCUGUCCAGUUCCACAACCCCCUUGAGAAUAAAGAGGCUCACUGGAAAGCCCGGCUGCGUCGCCUCAGUCACUUCCAUACACACAGUCACUCAGCUGGGGAAAGGCCAGGGGCUGGGAUGUCAGGGGGAAAGCUGGGAGCGGGGGGUGCAGGUAAGUUUGGGUCUGUGGCGGGGAUUAGCCAAAGAACAGGAGCACAUGAGAAAUUAGCCUCUGGGACUUUUAUUGAUGCCAGCGGGUCAGCAGGCACUGGAGGGCCAGAAAACAGGGCUGGGGCUGGUGGAGAAAAGCAACAUCCUGGAGUUUACAUAGGAUCUAUCAUUGGAUCUGAGAUUCACUCUGAGGGACCAUCGGGCAGCUCAUGCUCCUCAGGGGUACGUGGCCGCUUGGGACGUUCUGCCUUGAGAUCUCGAGUCUCCCGCUCCCGCUCUCAGGAGCCAGGCAACACUGUCACACGUCACCACCAGGGGGCCAUUCUUGGUGGCGUCUAUAAGACUGUGGUACAUGCUCUGUCCUCCAAACCCAGGCCCAGAGGUCAAGGGUCAUCCCAAGGCUCAUCGCCACAGCGGCAGGGCCGGGCUGCAAUGGGUGACGCGUCACUCAGAGACCUCUACUCCCAUGUCCUGGGCUACUUUGGGCGAAAGACGUCAAUGGCAGCCAACAAGGAAGAGGUGGUCCAGAAGGCUCGUCCUGUGUCCACUGAUGUGGGAAACAGCAACCCAAACUUCUCUGACCUCAUGGAUGAGUUUAUCCAGGAGAGACUGCGGACCAAAGGAACUGUGGGUCGUCGUGGUAGCAGCCCAGGAAGUCUGGAGGUUCCCAAAGAUCUCCCUGAACUCCUGGAGACUGGUCAGAGUCCUGGAUCGCGACCGUCAGAUGAUCUUCGACCUAUUGAUGAUCCUGGGGUUCCAUCGGAGUGGACGUCACCUGCAAGUGCCAGUGGUUCUGAUGUCAUCAGCUCUGACAGUCAGUCAGAGUCCUUUAAUGCCUUUCAGUACUCCACCUGCAAGUUUGAUAAUUUUACUAUGAGUUCAGAACCAUAUGGAGGAGGUCGAGGCAGCUCACUAGACCAGGACAGCCUGGGUGGGGGCGUGGCCUGUGAAGAACACGAGGUUGCCAGUUUGACAACGCUGCACAUAGAUUCUGAGAGCAGUAGCCUCAGCCACACUGUCACUGUCACAGGUUCUGAGAGCGCAUCUCCAGCACAUUCCCUUGGAGGCUCUCGGUCCCAGACACCCUCCCCUGCUACUCUGACAGCAGAGCACACUGAUCACACACACUCCCACUCGCACACACACCUACAGCUGGACCAGAAGAUUCACAACUCUGUGUUACAGACCCCCGAUGAUCUGGAAACCAGCGAGUUCCCCAGCGAGGACUGCAGCGUGAUGGCAGGUGGUUCUCGAACUGGAUGGCACGCAGAUGUUGCCACGGUAAUGUGGAGAAGGAUGCUUGGUAUCCUGGGGGACGUCAAUAGCAUCAAAGAUCCAGAGAUCCAUGCUCAAGUGUUUGACUACCUGUGUGAACUGUGGCAGAACUUGGCUAAGAUAAGAGAUAAUUUGGGCAUUUCUCUGGACAAUCAGUCAUCUCCCCCACCUCCUGUUCUGAUUCCACCACUGAGAAUCCUCACCCCCUGGCUCUUCAAGGCUACCAUGCUCACAGAGCGUUACAAGCAGGGGAAGCUUCAUGCCUACAAGCUGAUCUGUGGAAUCAUGAAAAGACGACAAGAUGUUUCCCCAAACACAGACUUUCUUACACACUUCUACAACAUCAUGCACCAAGGACUGCUGCACCAAGACCAGGACAUUGUGAACACCAUUAUCAAGCACAGCAGUCCUCGGUUUUUCAGUAUCGGCCUUCCUGGAGCCACCAUGCUUAUUUUGGACUUCAUUAUUGCAGCUUCUAGAGUUACCACCUGCUCAUCACUCAAUGCUCCAAGAGUGGAGGCCCAAAACCUUCUUGGAUCUCUCGUGUGUUUUCCUAACUUGUAUGGGGACCUUCCAGCCCUCCAUCCCACCACGGCUGACAUGGUGCUUACCAAGUUCACUGAUGUCAAGGAGCACAUUAUCAAGACCAUCCUGACAUCUGCCAAGGACGAACCCUCUUCUACCGCUAGGUGUGUGUCCCUGUGCAGUCUUGGUAUAUGGCUGUGUGAAGAGUUGGCUCACGAGACUCAUCAUCCACAAAUUAAAGAUGCUCUCAACGUCAUCUGUGUUACUCUGAAGUAUCCCAAUAAGCUUGUAGCACUGAUGGCGUCGGACAUCCUUCACCUACUGAUCAGUUAUGUGGAUCAUCUUCAGAAGUUCCCCCCUGACACUCCCAAGAAGAUUGUAGAAAUUUUGAUCGCCACCAUUACACACUUGCUGCCUACUACGGAGUCUUCUCCUCAUGAAAAUGAUAAGAAGCUUGUGGUUUCCCUCCUGUUGUGUUUGUUGGACUGGGUGAUGGCUUUGCCACCAAACACUCUCCUUCAGCAUGUUCAGACACGAAGUCCACCAGAGAAGGACCAGCCUCCCAAGACUCUGCUCAGCUGUAUUUAUAAGGUGUUACAUGGUUGUGUUUAUGGAGCGCAAUCUUUCAACAGCCCUAAGUAUUACCCACUGCAGCUGUCAGACCUGUCAAGUACAGACUAUGACCCCUUCCUGCCAUUGGAGAGCCUUAGAGAACCAGAACCACUGCAUAGCCCAGACUCAGAGCGCUCCAGCAAGCUGCAGCCUGUUACUGAGGUUCGUAGUCGUAUUCACCAAGGCCUGAUUUCUAUCGCAGCCAGAACGGUCAUCACCCACCUGGUCAACCACCUUGGACAUUAUCCAAUGUCUGGUGGACCUGCUACUCUAUCUAGUCAGGUGUGUGAAAAUCAGGACAACCCAUUCUGUGAGAGUGCAGAUCUUGGACCAGAGCUUUUCCAUUCACCAAACCUACAGUUCCUGGUUCUGAACGGCUCUACUCUGCUCUCAGUGCUACAGAUCCGGUCAGAGUCUGGUGUACCAGGAGGUGGAAUGACAGCUGGUUUAUCUUCUGCUCCUGCUUGUGUUCGUGUUAUCAUCCGAGAUGUAGCUGGAAAACACUCCUGGGAUUCUGCCAUCCUCUACGGGCCUCCACCAUGUUCCCCGAACAGCCCUGCAGACACAAUUUUAACACACACACAAUCACCCCGCAGUGCAAAUCUUCAUUUACGCACCCCACCAGGAGGUCCACUAACAAAGGUGGGGAUAAAGCGAGAAGAUAGCUGGGAAGAGCAACAGGAGGAGAGGAAGUCAGAGGAGGGCGAACAAGGUAUGGAGGGCGAUGAGCUUCAGGGAGAGGAAGACAUAGUUGAGAGAAACAUCAGUGAAGAAGAGAAGUCAGACCAAAAAGGAGGUGGAGGAGAUGUAGGGAAAGAGGAGGAGGAAGAGGAGAAAAAGGAAAAUAAAAUGGACAGUGAGGGGCAUCGAAGGGAGCUGGGCUUAGAACAGCUUCUAGCUCCACCGUUGGCUAAGCGUGUGUGUCGGGAGGCAGUGCCAGCUUGGGAUUCACUGAGGGAAGGCGAUGAUGCACUGGAUGAAAUGCUGCAGUAUUUGGGAUACUCAAGCCCAGAGUGUCUACAAAGAACAGGCAUGCCACUCAACAUCCCAGCCCCUCCUCCAGUGUGUGUCUCUGAGAAGCAGGAGAAUGAUGUCAUCAAUGCUAUCCUGAAGCAGAGUGCUGCAGAGAGAGAGUUUGUCCUGCAUAGAGGCGAAGAGCUGAACAUGAGGGCGGUGCAGCAGACGGAACCAGAGACUCAGGCGCCACAGUCGGCCUUCUACUACUGUAGGCUACUGAUCAAUAUACUUGGGCUGAACUCCUGGGAGAAGAGGAGUAGUUUUCAUUUGUUGAGGAAGAAUGAGAAGCUGCUGAGGGAGCUGAAGAACCUGGAUUCAAGGCAGUGCCGCGAGACCCAUAAAAUAGCAGUAUUUUAUGUGGCUGAAGGCCAAGAAGACAAACACUCCAUAUUAACCAACACAGCAGGUAGCCAGGCUUAUGAAGACUUUGUUUCUGGACUGGGCUGGGAGGUGGACCUCACUACUCACUGUGGCUUCAUGGGAGGCCUCCAGAGGAAUCGCAGCACAGGACAGACCACACCUUACUACGCCACUUCUACCACUGAGGUUAUCUUCCACGUCUCUACACGCAUGCCCCAUGACCAGGAUCAAAACCUCACCAAGAAGCUGAGGCAUCUGGGCAACGAUGAGGUCCACAUAGUCUGGUCAGAGCAUUCCAGAGACUACCAUAGAGGGAUCAUCCCUACUGAGUUUGGAGAUGUACUAAUCAUCAUCUACCCAAUGAAGAAUCACAUGUACUCUGUCCAUAUUCUUAAGAAACCAGAGGUGCCCAACUUCGGUCCGCUGUUUGACGGAGCCAUUGUGGACAUGAAGAUUUUGCCCACCAUGGUCAGAGCCACAGCCAUCAAUGCCAGCCGAGCCCUCAAGUCCCUCAUUCCUCUUUACCAGAACUUCUAUGAGGAGCGAGCCCGGUACCUGGAGACCAUAGUGCAGCACCACCUGGAACCGACCACCUUUGAGGAUUAUGCAGCCCGUGUCUACAGUCCUGCUCCCUGCACACACCUGCCCUCCGACACUGGCUCCUGCCUAGAGAUUCUUCGGGGAGAAAGUCCGGCUCUUGGGGAGGCCGGGAGCGACUCUGCGUCCCCCAUGUCCCCCCGGACUAGCAAGAGCCGCAUGUCCAUGAAGCUGCGACGCUCCUCUGGAUCAGCCAAUAAGACCUGAGGUCCUACCGUUUGAUCCCCAGGUUCCAUUGUUUGGCGCCGUCCACACACAAGUCAAUCGGUUGGAAUUACUCUUUGAAAAAUGUGUUGCUGGGGUAAAUUAGGUCUUUAACUGUUUUUCGAGUAAUGAUGAUCAUCACAGAUAUUAUUUUAAACACAAUGAUUGAUGCUUUUCUUAUAUGAAUGUGACAACCAGGGGUGUUUGUACCGCUGUACUCACACUUUCCUCUCUAGCAUGUUGCUGUUCUGACGCUGUCACUUAAAAGGAGUCUGAGGAGGAAACUUUACUGUACCUUCAUUUUAGCUUUAUUUAUCCUCAGCUUUGCUCACAGUUAACAUAAAAAUAAGUUCUGCCACUGUAGGAGGCUGAUCUGUAACAGUAGAGCACAUCAAUACAAUACAGUAUUAAUUUAUAGUAGUCUGUGCCAUUAUACAAACUCCAGUAGUAGACCACUGUGCCACAUCAAGUUCGUCUUCUUCUGGAAACUGUAGAAGAAACAUUCAAAAAGAUCAAACUACGAAACACACAGAAGCGAGUCUCUUCAGUCUAAAACAUUAAGAGCAGCAGUUUGUUCAGUCCUCCUAAAAUGUAAAUAGAACCUUGUUCAUUUCCUUGCGCUUCUCCCAAACCACAAACAUUUUCUGCUUUUGAAUUCAGAAAAUAAAUUGUCUUCCUGAUGUUUAAGGACCGGGAGUGACUUUAUGUCAGGAACAGUGUUACUGCAUGUAGAGACUGGUCUCCUGCAGAGGAGGCAAAAGGGCUUUCUAGAAAACAAAGAACGAGCACUUCUUAUUAAAGGUUUGUUUGAUUUGCUCCUGCUGUAAAAUAGGAACAAGCACUGAUAAACUUUCAUUAGAUUCAUUUUCCCAUUUCUGCUUUUUCAACUGUUAAAUGUGUUUUGAACCAAAUUCACAUGUUGCUGUAUUUUUAGGUCAGUCAAGCCGAUGCAUUGAAACCACUGCUUUUCUUUUUUGUUUGACUUUGUAUGUAUGUGUGCAUUCUGUAUAUCUAUAGGACUAUAUAUAUAUAUAUAUAUAUACUUAUCCGUUGUCCCGUUUCUGGAUAUAUAUAUAUAUAUAUAUAUAUAUAUAUAUAUAUAUAUAUAUAUAUAUAUAUAUAUAUAUAUAUAUAUAUAUAUAUAUAUAUAUAUAUAUAUAUAUAUAUAUAUAUAUAAUGUGUAGUAGAUAAAUGAGUAUCUAUGAGAACGUGUACAGUGUGAGGAUUGUUGUGUAUAUACUGUUCUGUGAGAAUAGCUGCCAAAACCAAACUGUGGUUUAAGCUCGGACCACGUGACGAUAACUAGGUUCACACUACGUUUAUGUUCCAACGGUUCCUAAACAGUUUGCACUACAUCUAAGGAAUCGAAAAAACUUUUAAGACAAACUUUAUUGGGCCUCGUUUACCUCGGUCUGUUACAGUAUGGUUUGACGUGUUGACAGGUAAUUCAUUUUCACCACCACAGUGAGGGUGGUGGACGAACAGCAGAGUGUUCACAAACAGAGAUAAUGUAGCUCUGAUGCCAAAGAGGGCGAGAAAGGAAAACGUUCAGUACUGUUCGCACAGAUGAAAUGGUUAAAAUGUUUUUCUUGUAAUUAGACUUAUCCGUUGUCCCGUUUCUGGAUAGAGGGAAUCGGGAUGGAUUCACACUCCUGAUCGUUUUUUAGCUGACUUUUCAUUUCAGCGCUCCCAGCAGCAACUGCUGAAGUUCUAUGUUCUUGCAUCUUAGAUAAUUUCGUUGGUUAUGUUUUUUGUUUUUUUACGUUCUCUACACCCUCAUGAAAGUAAGAUUUAUCUGAAACAUGUUUUUGAAAAUACAAAUUGGGCUCAAAGGUUUUGCAUUUUACUUCAUGCUUGAAGAGCUUGUAUCCACAGCUGUAUUUGCCAUUUGUUUUAUUUUAAUCCCUGUGUCUUGGGGAACGGAAUUUCUAGCUCUGUCAAAUCACUUUAAAUGAAUUUUGUCAAUUUCUACAGGUGUAUUUGAACACAGGUGAGACUUGACAUGUCCUUUAUAAAUGAUUGCGAAGGCAAAAGUUAAUUUAUAGCCCCACUGCACACACCUGCCUGUCACCACCUGUGUCCCUUUGAUCGGUUACUUGUAGCCACUUUGACAAUCUGAGCCUGUCCACAGGGCCGCAGUUCAAACUCUGUCCCCAACCCUGAACCAAGCAGCAGCAGCUUGUUUACACUUGUUUAUGCUCGUGGGAUAACAGCGUCUCCAUUUGAUGACUUGAGUCCUGUUUCUCCUUUAAUGUCCUCUAGAUAGAGCUGGAGACAUGUCACCUUUUUAAAUUAGCAGCAACCAUAGAGAGAAGUUACCCAAAAGACUUUCACCAUUUUUGUAAUGUUUAUAUCAGCUACUGUUUAUUUGCAGAAUUUUGACUCGAAUUGUUGUUUUUUUCAGUGUUCGUGACAGCAGCAGCUUAAAUUUCCCUUCCUCUGCCCUGAACCAAAAUGUGGAACUUGCGUGCCUGAGUAGAAGGAUACGGGUUGAGCUGUUCGUUUGGAUGUAACUACUGACUGUACAUUACUGCAUGACAUCGGUCCAGUACUAACUGCAUGUGUUGCAUUGCACAGCUUGGCGCCAGCACACUCCUCAAAGUAUCAUACUGUCAAAGUGUAACUUGUAAAACGUGUAGAAUCUUUUAUACACGCAGAGUGUGUAUGUACGAUGAUGAAAUAUGACAAUAAAUAAUUCGUACCACUGACACCAGAA